AUGUCACCCCCGCGCCGUAGGUCGGCCCGGCUGGCGUCCUCUACCAAGACUAGACCAGUGGCACCUACCUUGGAGGCCGUUACUGAAGAUGCCGAAUCACCUCAACGACUCCCGGAACCCAAACCCAAGAAGAGUAGAAGCAAAAACAAGAGCAAUGCUAUUCCAUCUUCGCCGGCCCCUGCGCCUUCAACACCAGCUUCAUCAGCGAUGAAGCCUCCUCAUGACGAAAUGCACCCGAGCAAAGCCCACCAGACCAUGGGUGAGCCAUCUUCUGCUAUGCGAUUGGGCUUCACAGAUAUCAAGGACAACAAGGAACCCGACACGCCAUCAAAGAUAGGGGUACCUGCAUCCGAUUUCACAUUCCGAGUUACGCGCGACACCACCGAUACUAGCCUUAGCGGUGAUGCGCAGCGAAUGAUGGUGGAACUCCGACAGCAGGCUGCCAAAAUCAAGGCAGAUCUCAUCGCUCAGCGCGACGCAGAUGCUCCUGAGGACGGUCGCAAGAUUGCCAAACCUACAGGCAAGACAAGUCGCUACAGCGCGGCGCAUAUGGCCGAGUUCAAGAAGAUGGAUUCUAUCGAGAACCACCCUUCUGCCUGGAGAGCUCAGAACGGACGAUUCCAGCCUGUUGUCCAGUCUCUCAAGCGAACACCCUCCAAGGCUAAUCUGGAAACCACACCAACUUCAUCCAGCAAGUCAGGUCUGAAGCGUUCGCCCUCAAAGGCUGAGCUGGACGUUCCUACUCCCUCGACGCCUCGUGUCACACAAAGCCUCAAGCGCAAGUCUUCUCGAGCCAACCUUGAAGAGUAUCAGCAAUCACCUUCUCCAAAGAAGGCCACUAUGCCUCCUUCUGGUAUCCCAAUGGCUCUCCCUCCCUCUACCAAGAAGCCGCAGUUACUCCCCAACGCACAUGAGCGCGAACGCGUUACUUCGAAGAGAAUCAAGCAGCGAGAGGAUGAUGACGCGUCAACAAACCGACCUGUCUCACGUGAUGACUCAUCGAUUCCUCGACCAAAGUCCAGCGGAAAUGGUUCAACCAAGCUGCCUGCCUCGAAACCCAACUUCUCACGACUUUUGAGCCCCACCAAGGCGUCUCUUGCGCACUCAGGGAAACCAACCAUUUCUCUGAUCAAAUCCCCUUCCAAGGUUGACCUGAAGAGCGGCCUGCCGAAAUCUACCAGCACUCCAGGUUUGCUUGCUCCCAGCGAAGCAGCCACACCUAGAGCUCGAGUUCUCAGCUCAGGGCGCCUUGAUAAAGUCAAGUCAAUCUUGCGAGGACACCGAACACCUUCCGGCAAUGCCCAGACUGCUAUCCCGCAGCCCAAGAUUUCUCAAACACCCGCUCCACCCAGGGCCGAGAAAGACAAAGCUUUGCCUCCUGUUCCGUUGACUACUCCUCGACGAAGGGUGACAAAGCAUGUUGCUUUCACUCCGGAGGCCACUCGUAUCGCCUUCCAGCAGAACUCGCCUUCUCCUUUGAAGUCUUGUCUCAAGGCUCAAACAACACGAAGCUUGGAAGACGAACAGUUCCAAGGCAUCGAUGCAACACUUGCCAAUGCAGACUCGGGAGACGUCGUGUAUCCUGAUCUGAGCGGCUUCAGACCUCUUCCUGAACUCCCUGUCAAGGAAAAGGAGGCUCUGCCUGUGGCGCCUGCCUUUGUUCCCGGUAAAUUCACAUUCCGCAGUGACCACACCAUCGAGUUUGGAGAAGCUCCUGUCCUUGGUUUUGGAGGUUCUCCUGGCCAGUCCAGCAUCCGCCAAGUACGACAGUCAAUCAAGCCUGAUACAAAGAUGCCCGGUAGCUUCCCUGGCCCUACAUCUCCUAUCAGUCCCAACAAGGAGAACAAGCUGCCUGAUGCUGAAAAGGUCAUCUUUGGAGCACCUCACGGCAUGUCUAACAAGAAGCGACACAGGACCAGCUGGGACGAGGAAGAAGCCGAGGAGAAGCAAGCCGAGCGUUCUAACAAGAGGCGCAAGGCUGAGCAUGUUCCUGAAGGCGAGGCCCUCCUUGCUCCCCGACUUGUUGGUGGUACUCCCAGCGCAAAGAAGGCGAGAACUGGUGCGAUUACGCGUACCCCUGCUACCGCUAGUCCUGUCAAGAAGCGUUCAGUUCUCAGUAUGAGCCGGCUCAACAUGCUUGCGCGACCCAAGAACCGGGCAUAA